CACCAGGCGGUGCCCUUUGAUGUUAGAAGCUCUCGCCUUGUCUUGAGCUCAAAUGCCCUAUUUGUUGCUGCCGGGGUGCAUUACGUUCAACGUGCGGGGGGUACUUCAUAGCAUAACAACUUUUGUUUAGUUUCAUACAUUCGCCCUGUCUUAGAGUAUCAAUCGGGCAGAACAAUACGAAAAGUUUUGAACCUUUCUGUCUUUCGAAAGGAGAAAAAAAACAGCGUUUACUUCUUGUUUGUUGUUCUUAGCAAAAUGCCUCAACUAAAUAGCGGUGGCGGGGAUGAUCUUGGAGCCAACGACGAAAUGAUUUCUUUCAAGGAUGAAGGCGAGCAAGAUGAAAAAAUACAAGAAAAUGCGUUCACUGAAAGGGAUUUAGCUGACCUGAAAUCGUCCUUGGUGAAUGAAUCGGAGAUUAAUCAAAAUCCAAACACCGUUGCAGGUCCCGGGGCGGUCCGACGCGGUCAGCAGGACGAACAGAGAGUUUACUCAGACAAACACAGGGAUCACCUCGACGACGUGUCAAAACACCAAGAUGGGGGAAUGUACAAGACUGCAGCCUAUUCGGGAUACCCGUUUCUGAUGUUGCCUGAUCCAUACCUGCCGAACGGAUCUGUGUCACCAUCCGGCCGCCGCGCGUGGAUUUCGGGCCGGGCCGAGCGGACCGCUCCUCUGAUGCGCUUUCUUAAUUACCAGCGCCCUCCUCCAGGAACCACCACACCGCUCCUGGAGUCCAACAAAGUGUCGGUCGUCCAGCAGCCCCACGGAAUGCACCCGCUGACGUCCCUCUUGCCCUACAGCAACGACCACUUCAACACCAGCUCUCCACAUCUACCCACAGACAUGAGCCAGAAACCAGGCGUUCACAGGCACCAGUCCCAGGACCUCUCCAGCUUCUACCCCCUCCCUCCAGGCGGGGUGGGACAGAUCACCCCCUCCGUGGGCUGGCAGAGUCAGCCAGUCUAUCCCAUCUCCUCCUGUGGCUACAGACAGUCCUACCCCUCCAGUCUUCCCAGCAACCCUUCCUACUCCAGGUUUCCUCCCUCUCUCGUUCUGGGGCACUCUGGCAUGCACCCAACAGGGAUCCCUCAUCCUGCCAUAGUGCCACCUACAGGCAAACAGGAGCAUGACCAAUACGACAGGAACAUGUAUGCCAAGCCCCACCCUGAGCCCAAGCGGGACAAGGAGCCAAAGAAGCCUGUGAUCAAGAAGCCGCUCAACGCCUUCAUGCUCUACAUGAAGGAGAUGAGGGCCAAGGUGAUCGCAGAGUGCACGCUGAAGGAGAGCGCCGCCAUCAACCAGAUCCUGGGGAGGAGGUGGCACGCCCUGACCAGAGAGGAGCAGGCCAAGUACUACGAGCUGGCAAGGAAAGAGCGACAGCUCCACAUGCAGCUGUACCCGAGCUGGUCCGCCCGCGACAACUACGAAACAGGCCUUAGAGGGGGAGCAGACUGGGGCAAGAAGAAACGACGAAAGAGAGAGAAGCACCAGGACUCCAACUCAGACCCCGGCUCUCCUAAGAAAUGCCGGGCUCGCUUCGGCCUCAACCAACAAACGGACUGGUGCGGUCCCUGCAGGAGGAAAAAGAAGUGCAUUCGCUACCUUCAAGGAGGACGGUGUGCAAGUCCCCAUUCUUCCGAUGGAAGUGCUAUAGACUCACCCCCGUCCCCGGUCCCUGCCCCUCCCUCCCCACCCUGCGCCCCCCGGCCAGCCUCUCCCAAAGCCACCGACCUGACCCGUGCCUCCGAUGCCCCACCCUCGCUUUCCACAACAACCGCCAAAUCCGCCAGACUGACUGUAAAAGCUUUAACGGAGUCCCAGCAGCACCAUCAUCAUCACCAGCGUCGACGGCCGUUGCCACAGUCGCACUAGAUGUAGCCGCCCCCCCCCCCCACCCCUCCACACAGACAUUGCUGUACUCUUCGACCCAAAAAACAAAACGAGGACCUGACUCUAAAAGUGACCCACAGGAGCGACUGCUGCCCCGGGACAGAACUCCCGCUGCCCAAAUUGACAGAAUGACAGGCGUCAAUCAUGCUCCACGGAACCCAGGCCUCAACAGAGAAGCACCUGACAGCUGUCCAUCAUCUCCAAUACAAACCCCAGCCAAACCACCUGAAAACAGCCGCAUGUCCACAUCUCCCCAACUCUCCUCAAAAAGUGCUGAGUGUGCAUAUCUUAUGAGAAAAGGGGGCCGCUACACUGUGGAAAAAACAUUGUGUUGGCCUCUUAUCUUCAUGACUGCCAUUUUAUAUAUUUUUUUAAAUAGCAUAGGAUCAGUAAAACGUUUUGUAAAUAUCAAGAGGUCAUUGUGUUCAAUUUUUUAUUUUUUUUGCCUGGGAAAGUUUCUGUUUUUCUUUAUGAGUAGCGAAGAAGACUUUUAUAUAUCAGUAUGUUUUCCUGCCACACCGAUUUGGGGUUGUAAUCAGAUAUUCUUUCUACGUGCGGGAAAAAGUUCCAUUUCUGUGGGCAGCCAUGCCUUUGAAACGAUUCCUGUUCACAAUCACGUUUUAAUAAUUAUGUUGCAAAAGAGCACCAAAAGCCACAAACCACGAAACACUGCAUUCUGCGCAAAAGUAUUUUUAAAAGCCUUUUUUCAGGGAGGUAUUUUUAACAUGGUAUACUUAGCGCUCAAGACAAGAAGGUUUGAUCUGUCGAAAAUGAAAGCAGAUAGAUGACCCAUAUGUAAAACUGUCAGCAGUUACACAUCUGUCCCAUCUGGUUUCUGUAUAGUCAAGACUUUUUUGUGCCAAAAGUCCUUAUUGACAAAUUUUUUUUUUAAUGUGGAGGCAGCAAUAAUGCCGUGUGAUGUUUAUUUUCUCAAAGCUCAAAAUAACGGAAAAAGCCAUCCAUAAUAUUUUAAAUCAAUUUGCAACUGCUUAUAAAACAGGAUUGCAUGUCAUAUUUGGCAGUUAGUUCCCUAUCUCUGGAAAAUCCAGUUUAUUAUUUUUUUUUGUUUGUAAUUUUUUUUUAAGUGGAUGGUUUCAGAAAAGCUCUGUGUUACGCAGCAUUUUGGUGCCCCCUGUUGGGCACAGGGGGAGUGGGCUAGUCUGUGUGGUGUUCAUGUUGGCACUUCCUUUGGGGUUAAACUGCCACCCUUCAGCCUGAAGACUUCAGAUUUAAAAAUGUUUUAAGAGUUUUAUAAAGUCAAUUUAACGCUUCUGGCUAAGGAGACACAAGCAGUUUUUAACACGCCUGUUGGUUUCCAUUCAUUAAUUGUAUUUGACUAGUGAAUUUAUUUUUGCUGGUGUUAAAAAAUAUAUAAAAAACCUCCAUUAAAAUAACAUCUGCAGCUUCCUGCAUUAUUUCACUUAGACUGAAUUUUAAGUAAUUCUGUAUAAAAAAAUAAAAUAAAAUAAAAAUAAACGACCAGUAGGUACUGUAUUUCAUGACUUGUAAAUCACAAUUUUUUAAUAAAUGUGGAACACAUAUAUAAUAAGAAUCAAACUUUUAUAUGUUGUUUUGUAAAAAAAAAACAAAAAACAAAUUCUUCAAAAAAAAAGCUUUGCUUUCUUUAGUCUAGUUUUCUUUAUUUCCAAAAGCAAUACAUUUUAUAGCUUUUUCUUUCUUCCAAAAAACAAAGGAUUGUGUGCUUAUUUUCGUGUAUUAUCGAAUUUGUUCAUGAAACAAAUGUGUACAUGUUCUGCCUUAGUGUACCAAAAAUACAUAAGCAAUAGCUUUACACUGUUGUUCAUGUUUGUAGCAUCAAUUCCACCUCCUGACCCACCUGAAAUUCAGGGCCAUGUGGCGCUGUGAAUUCAGCGUCCAGCAGAGAGCGCUGUGACACCAAAAUUUUACUGGAGUUUCCACACCAGUAAAACUCAACAAAAAUGUGCUCACAACAAAUGCCAAAUACGCUUUUGUAGAACCUGUUCGGGCCUUACGGCCUCAGUUUAUGUAUUUUGAAUUUUGCCUCUGUGAUUUACAUUUUUGUUAUUGUCCUUCAUUUCCAUGGUAUUUCCACAGUAAGUUCUACACAUCUGUCAAACGCAGUACGAUCAAACUUGUUAAGCUGAAACCAUGUUAUACAUUGCAAAUGUUUCAGUGUUGUCUAUUAAAGUUUACAUUUAAAUUA